GAAAAACUGAAAUUCGAAUGCCAUGUUUCAGUUAAUUAUAAAACUUUUAAGAGGGUGCUUUUCAUUGAGAAUGGUGUCUAGUGACCGUUCCGAUUUCAACAGCGUAGGUACUCUUGUGGUCAUUCAGUACUGAAUCGACUGAAUCCAGUGCAGGUAGGUACUGAAAAUAAAAUCGGAACGGCGUCCAGUAAAUUCAGUACCUACCGACAGUUGAUAUCGGAACUAAGGCAAAGAGCCUAUGAACGGGCUGCCGCAGACGUCCCGAUUUGGGCAGGUCUAGUGUCGGACUUGUUAUGUCCUCGUCAGUGCAAUAUAAGCGCCAAUAAGCGGAAGCACACCAACUCAGAGAAACAAGAAACAGGUUUGCCGAAGAUUAAUUCAAACACUAGGAGAUUCAACAUGUUUGCUGCGAGUGAGGGCUUGGAGCAUGUUUACUGCUAUCAAAAAUAGAUGGGGUGAAAGAUCCAGAAAGAGUCGAUCCAGAUGGAGCCGCCUAGGAUCAUGAUGUGCCACAUACCAGAUCCAAAAGAUGUGGCAAAUAAAAAUGAUCCAUACGUAGCAAAACUCAACCCUUUUUGAUUCUUUGUUCCUAUUUUUUAUCAGUUUAUAUUAAUUUUUUUUGAAAUAAUAAACCAAAUGAAUAAAAAAAUGAGUGUGUCUCAACUUCCUUGAUGUGUCGAUCCUAUUUAUAAAACCACGCUCCAACCAAAGCCACGAUCUACAAAAGUUUUUUUGAGUUUCUCAUCAGCUGUAGGAUCCUGUGGUUUGGCAACCUCAGCCUUGCUGGCUUCAUCAAAGUUCUCAACUAAAUCGGGGACAUCUUCGUCAUCUUCUGGCACCAUUUUGUUGGCUCCUGUAUCAGUAACCGAGCUUGCUAAACGUGAAAGCUGAGAAAUACCUUCAGGGCCUAGCCCUAACUGAUUCAAAAUUGAAGGAAUCAUUUCAGUGAUUUGUUUGGUCUCGCCGUGCCCAGUGAUGGCAAAAGUAUUAGCCCCCAACGAGGCCUGAGUUUUGGGAUUAUUGAAGUGAAUGACAGAGCCAUCAUCCUUUAUCAUAUUGACCUCCUCAAUGCCUGGAAUGGUAUUAACAGAUAGUUUUUUCAAUACUGAUUGCAACUUCUUGUCGUCUGUAGCCUGGGUGGAAUGGACAACCUUCUUCUUCCUCCUUGGGGUUCCUUUGCCGCCAAUCCUCACUUGCGAUUGCAAUUUCUUCAAUUUUUCACUGUUCAUUCUGAAUCCUUGGGCUUCCAAUGCCGCUGAAACGUACGCGAAACCUGUUGCGACGAAAUAAUUACUUGCUUGAAAUUCCAUGAAGUGUUUUCAUUCGGGCUUGAUGGCCGUCGUCCGCGUAAGUUGGAAUUUCUUCCUUACGACGGCCAUUAAGCCCGAAUAAAAACACUUCAUCGAUAAACCUGGGUCGCGAAAGCCUCACAAACUCUAUCUGCCUUGAAAUUAUUACUGUUUCAAUACCCAAUACCACCAAUGGUUUUUGCUGAAAGCACAAAGCUAAUAAGCAGCAAACCACAAACCACACGUGUUAAAUGCCGGGUGACGUUUGAUUUUUUCAAUUUUUCACUCAUACAAAAAAAACAAGCAAGCUAGGGGGCGCGUUCACAGUGGUUUACCCUGGGUAAAACUUAACCAGGUUAA